CCUUUACUUUGGAAGUUGUGGCAGGAAGUGCGGAACUUCUGUGUUGGCUUCACGCCUCUCGCGCUCCUCUCAGGUACAGCAGCGCAUCACGAGCAGAGGGAAGCAAAGGGAGGCCGAGAGAGAGAUAUUUAUAGCCCAGAGCGAAGCGGCUGCGCAUCGAUAAGACUCUGGAGCAAGCCGCAGGCAGACGAGGUUGAUUUACGGUUAAACGAGGAAACGAGAACGAGACGAAAUGAAACCACUUUUUUCUUCUUUUCUGUUCGUCGCCGCGGCGCUCGCGCUGGCCGCCGCGGCCAGUACCGGUACCGACCCCGGGAUCUCCUUCGAGUACCAUCGUUACGACGAGCUGCGGAAAGCGUUGGUGUCGGUGUGGCUGCAGUGCCCAACCAUUACCCGCAUCUACACCAUUGGAGAGAGCUUUGAAGGCCGAGAGCUGCUCGUGCUUGAGAUGUCCGACAACCCCGGGACGCACGAGCCAGGCGAGCCUGAGUUUAAAUACAUCGCCAACAUGCACGGCAACGAGGCCGUGGGCAGAGAGCUGGUCAUCUACCUGGCCCAGUACCUCUGCAAUCAGUACCAGCAAGGCAACGACAGCAUCAUCGAGCUCAUCCACAACACCCGGAUCCACCUGAUGCCCUCCAUGAACCCAGACGGUUUCGAGAAGGCAGCCUCACAGCCUGGAGAGAUCAAGGACUGGUUUGUGGGCCGCAGCAACGCUCAGGGAGUGGAUCUGAACCGCAACUUCCCUGAUCUGGACCGCAUCGUCUACAUCAAUGAGCGGGAGGGCGGGGCCAACAACCAUCUGCUGCAGAAUAUGAAGAAAGCCGUGGAUGAAAACAUGAAGCUGGCUCCUGAGACCAAAGCAGUGAUCCACUGGAUCAUGGACAUCCCCUUCGUCCUGUCAGCCAACCUGCAUGGAGGAGACGUAGUGGCCAACUAUCCCUAUGACGAGACCCGCAGUGAAUCCGCCCACGAGUACAGCGCCAGCCCGGACGAUGUGAUGUUCAAGUCUCUGGCCAGAGCUUAUUCCAUGUUCAACCCCGUCAUGUCCGACCCACACCGACCUCCCUGCCGUAAGAACGACGACGACUCCAGCUUCAAGGACGGCAUCACCAACGGAGGGGCCUGGUACAGUGUGCCGGGAGGGAUGCAGGAUUUCAACUAUCUGAGCAGCAACUGCUUUGAGAUCACCCUGGAGCUCAGCUGUGACAAGUUUCCCAACGAAGAAAUGCUGAAGAACUACUGGGAGCAGAACCGUGACUCCCUCGUCAACUACAUUGAGCAGACUCAUCGCGGGGUGAAGGGCUUCGUCCGGGACCUGCAGGGAGGCCCCAUCUCCAACGCCACCAUCUCUGUGGAGGGAAUCGACCAUGACAUCACCACAGCCAAAGAUGGAGACUACUGGCGCCUCCUGGCUCCAGGAAACUACAAGGUGGCCGCCUCUGCUCCAGGGUUCCUGACAGUCAUCAAGAAGGUGGCUGUUCCCUACAGCCCUGCCACUAGGGUGGACUUUGAGCUGGAGUCCCAGAUGGAGCGGAAGGAGGAGGAGCGGGAGGAGCUGAUGGAUUGGUGGAAAAUGAUGUCGGAGACACUCAACUUCUGAGCCGUUUCAGACCACCUGCACAUCCGUGUAAAAUAAAUCCAUCCUGUGUGCCCGUCCCACUCUAAAGAGUAUAUAUUGUCUGUCUUUUGUUCCUUUUACAUUAAUAUCUGCUAAUAUUCUUUGAUUUUAUCUUCAUAAUACCUGUAAGUUGUUGACAUAUGGAAUAAAAAGCUGAAAACUAGGGAGGAGCUGGCGGGUAGUUUGGUGGCAGUAAGGCUGCUCUUUAUUUCUGUGGUGUUUAUUUCACACGAAUGUUGAACAUGGCCUCUAUAACAAACUGAUGACUGAAGUAAUGAGUAAUUAUGUAUGUAGAAAAGCUGUUUAUAUCAUCUUUUUGUUGUCCUGUUUUAAAUGUCUCUGUUUCUCCGACCUUUAGUAAAAAAGAAAAAAACACAUUUCCUACACCUUCUAACAACUGUGAGCACACUUGCUGAUAAUUCACCCUGUUUCUGUUUUGUCUUAUUAAAAAUAAAUCAACAACACUAUGGUUCUGAGAUAAUCAGGGACAUUAAAACCACUGUAACUUCAAUGUAAACAGUCUGUCAAGACAGGCUGAUAAUCCUGUAUGUUAUUUAUUUUUUAGAUUUUCUUAAGCACACACUUAAGCUAAAAAUGGAUGUUCAUAAUAUACACUGUAUUUAUAUAUGCAUAUAACUAGAGAUGUGUGUCGUUUUUGUUACUAAGAUUAAAGAAAAUUAGGCCAAAAAUGCUUAAAUAUAUUUAUUUGAAAGCCAUUCCUUCGCAUGUGCACUGCACAGAAAAUAGUAUGAAACAUGGUACUGCUAUAUAUAUAUAUAUAUAUAUAUAUAUAUAUCAAGUUUGAGAAGAGUAAAGAUUGAUUGAAUGUAUGAAUACAGAAAUAGAUGUGAAGCGUGAAGAAUAAUCCGAUUAAUAAAUUUCCCCUCUUUAUGUUGUCAA